CGGGUUCCGAUGUUUACAUCUGGAGGCAGCCGCAAAGCAAUGAGUUUGUUUUCCAGGCUGAUGAAAACCGUCUUGUAUGUUAAGAAUAGCAUGUUUUCCAGGUGCUAGGAUCUGUGCACCGUCACGGUAGGCCCUCCAUGAGGACUGCGCUCAUUACGUUUCAUUUUAGCACGUCAGCUAGCACACGCAGCAGGCUCACUCAUGCUAGCAGCUAACGACAGCUAGCUGAACCAGCAGGCAGCAUUCACAGGAUCAGCUGCUGACAGUCCAAAUAACAAUAAACGAUGAAGAAGAAAAGCAGACAUACAAGGUCAUCUGAGACUCCGCAACAGAUCAGCAGGACGCCGAUGACCGUGGAUGUCACUGAGGAGAAGAGGCCACCUGGAAACAGAGGACGACCUCGGAAGACUGCCCCCGUAUCCGCAGACAGUUUCUACCUGGAUAACGCUGCAACAGAAAAGACUGCUAACGCAGACUUCAACGUGACGGCAGCUGAAGACGCCCAGAAACGUCCAGAGAACAAGUCCAGAUCUUCAGGUAGAGUCUCUGCUGCCAUCUGUCGGCUCUGCCACGGGAAGUUUUCCCCUCGCAGCCUGCGGCACGCCUUCAACAAGUGGCCUCGGGAUUCCCUCAGUAUUGUAGACGAGGAGUCGGACGCCGUGGCCCGGUCACCGCUUCUGUUCCACACAGACUUCCAAAGGCUGGUGGGGGUCCAGGUGGACCGGGACCCCCGACUGUCAGAAUUUAUCUGCAAGAAAUGCCAUGCAAAGUUUUACAAGUGCCAAAGCAUCCUGAUCCGAUUUCUGCAGAGAGUCAACCUCCCACCUGUGGGGAAGGAGAACCUAAAAAAUCAGAAGAAUGCAAAGAGUCCGGAGUCCUCAGUAAAUCACGACUCAUCAACUCCUCCAUCCUUUACCUCAGACACAAAGUGCCUCCACAGUCUGGUGUCCUGGGCUCAUCACCACGGAGAGGCCUGCCGCUCCUGCCCCGACCUGAAGGAGGUGCUGGAGGGCCAGUGCUGGGGCUCCGUUAAAGCUGUUUGGGGCUGCGUCGACGGUCACAGAUACAUCAUGGACACUCACUGCACCACCACCACCUCCAACCAAGGCCACAAGAUGAGCUUAAGCAGCGGAGCGUUGGGGAGUGGCAGCGGUGAUGGAGUGAUGUCAGAGGAGGAGGAACAAGAGCAGGAGGGCGAGGAAGACGAAGAGGAGCAAUCUGGCAGGGACGGAACGACCUCUUCGAGAAGUGUUAGUACUGCGGUUCAGCGCAGUCCACCUGCAGCUACGGCGCAGACGCAGAGCUCAGCGCUCGAUGAGUGGACGGGCAGCAACAACGAUUUCACAGGUCAUAAGGAGGCCUCGUCUCCCGCUGCGGCUCAGCCGGAGGACAGGACCGCUGACAGUGAUCUUUCUGACAGGGUUGUCUCUGAGGAUGAGUUUGAGGAGGGUAGAAAAGGAGGCCCAUCAGACGAGGAGGAGUUUGAGCCGUACUCAGAGAAGAGAGGCCACAGGGUGAAUGCCCCAAACAAAAGAAGAAGAAGCUCGAAGGGCCAAGAGGAGCCCAAAAUCAGAAAGAAACCUGGACCCAAACCAGGCUGGAAGAACAAGUUCAAACCUAAAGGAGAGGAGCUUCCCAACAUCUACAAGUGUCCCUAUCAGGGCUGCACGGCUGUCUACAGAGCUCCUGAUGGGCUGAAGAAGCACAUCAAGGAGCAUCACGAGGAAGUGAGGGAGCGACCCUGCCCUCAUCCCGGCUGCAACAAGGUUUUCAUGAUAGACCGCUACCUGCAGCGACACGUCAAGCUCAUCCACACAGAGGAGAGGAAUUACAUUUGUGACCAGUGCGGUCAAACCUUCAAGCAGAGAAAACACCUGUCAGUUCACCAGAUGAGGCAUUCAGGGGCCAAGCCGCUACAAUGUGAGGUGUGCGGCUUCCAGUGUCGCCAGCGAGCAUCGCUGAAAUACCACAUGACCAAACACAAAGCUGAGGCCGACCUGGAGUUUGAGUGCUUGAUGUGCAGGAAGCGUUUCGAAAAGGCCCACAACCUGAACGUGCACAUGUCCAUGGUGCACCCGCUGACUCAGGCUGAGGCUCAGAGGGGCGGCGGGCAGCAGCAGCAGACGUACUCGGACCUGCACACCAUCACGCUCACCGGGGAGGUGGUGCAGCAAGAACAGGACAGGUGACGGAAGGAAGCCUCGAUUCAGGGCUGCUGCAGAGGUACUAAAACUGCAGCACAGGCUCGAAACCCCAGCGUAGCACGAUGUUUCAUUUUAGCAUCAGCAGUUAAACUUCCAUCAGAUAUUCCCUCACACUGACGAAUGCUGCAGUGCAACCCACUGCUGUCCUGGAGUCAGUUUCUUCCAGCUUGCAGCAGAAACAAAUAUUUUUCUUGUGUAGUUGUAACCCUCAAGAUUUUCAGCUGACUCGGUGAAACCACAGCAGAAAAGGCAUUAGGUAAGAGUUCAGUGUCAUACAGUAUUUUUUUUUUUUUAGAUUUUGCAAAUAAUGUAACAAUUCAUAAAUUACGCUGAUGAACUGGCAUCAUCUUUUUAACCUUUGUGACAAACAAAUUGCAUCCUGUAAGUGUUUCACAAUAAAACCAUGUGUUUCACAAGUGCUUUUAUUGUGAAACAGCAGUGGUAGGAAAUGUGAGGCUGACAUAGCAGUGAGUUAGAGCAGUAAGGCUGAGUGUGGCUCGCCCAUAUAUCAUCAGAAACUGGUAUGACUGUGAUUCUGUGAAAUCUGAGGAUUAUAACUUGAAAAUACAACAUGUGGUGCCUCCGCUGCAGAUUUUACGCUGUCAGCAAUACAGUACGGUGGCCCCGAGAGCUCAAUGCACUGCCAUUUGAUAGACAAAAAAAAUUAAAUACUGAAAAUAAUGCUGAGCAGACAACAAGGAAGAGGUUCCAGGUGAAACUAAAGAUAAGAGCUCGGACAUGAUGGUUGUUACUGAAGUUGACUUUCUGACAGUAACGUUG